AUGAUGCACGGUUACAAAUACGUCGGCCUUCUACUGACUUUGUUACUUCUACCGUAUUUUGCACCUGCUACACCAAACAAGUCACCACCUGACACGGUAAAACAAUGGGCGAGAACUUUAGGUGAAGAAUUAUGGCGACUGAGCGAGUCCUUGACGAAAUCAGAUCAAAUCAGAAUUAAAUACAAAGAUAUGAAUGCUAGUGUUAAGCGAAAAGAUGGAAAGCAAAUAUUGGAAUCGUCUUUGGAUUCUGUUAGUAGGAUGCUCACAAGGAAAAUUAACGCAGUAAAGUGCAUUCACGGCACAGCUGAACGAUUAGCAGCCAAUUUUAAUUAUUCAAUAGUAAAAGAUAAACAGUAUAAUUUUACAUAUUGCUCUGCUAAAUAUUCAAAAUUCUUUCUUGAAAAUGGAUCACUGAUUCCUGAUGAAGAAGAAGAACAACCAAAAUUUACUAAAAAUAAUCCAAAUUACGAGAACAUUACGCUCGAAAAAGACUCCCAUUUCUAUGAUAUCAGCGUUAAUACAAACAAAAGUUGUGUUCACGUACCGACUAAUAUUUUUUAUAAAGAGGAUGAUCCAUUAGGAGCCAUUUUGUGGUCUAAAGAAUUAACCGAUACAUUCUUAAAUAAUUAUAAUUCGGAUCCGUCAUUGGCUUGGCAAUAUUUCGGAAGCUCCCAUGGUGUUCUGCGUUUCUAUCCAGGCAUGCCAUGGAAUAAGAAAACAGUAGAUACUUACGAUUGUAGAGUUAAAUCCUGGUAUAUAGAAGCAGCUACGUGUUCCAAAGAUGUUAUAAUCCUUUUUGAUGUUUCCGGCUCAAUGACUGGUUUUAAGAAUUAUGUAGCAAGAAGAACUUUAGGAUCUUUAUUGGCAACGUUGUCAAAUAACGAUUAUGUGAACGUGUUUACGUUUAGCGCCAAAACUUUAGAAGUUGUGAAAUGUUUCAAAGGCCUAGUCCAAGCAACACCAGAAAAUUUAAAAACAAUAAAAGUCGCUUUAGAACCGACAGAGGAAGGCAAGAAACCUUCAGUCCCAUUGGAAGGCAACGCCAAUUUAACAACAGCUUAUAUUACAGCAUUUACGACUCUAAAAGAGAAAAGAAAACAUUGUGAUGUAAGUAGUCCACAAGGGUGUAAUCAACUAGUGAUGGUAAUCACAGAUUAUGUGCCCGGUAAUCUUACGGAAGUAUUUGAAGAAUAUAAUAGGGAGACAAUAGGUGACAAGACGUAUAUACCGGUCAGAGUGUUCACUUAUCUAAUAGGAAAAGAAGUCACUAACGUAAGAGAAAUACAGUGGAUGGCGUGUUUGAACAGAGGUUAUUUCGUCCAUAUUCACUCUGUAGAAGAAGUGCAGCAGCAAGUCUUAAAGUAUAUCAAUGUGAUUGCACGCCCAAUGAUUCUUGCGGGUGAGGAGCCCCCUCCCACCUGGACUCACGCUAACAUCGAUUAUACGAGAACCGCGGAGUGGGGUGUGAGCAGUGACGUGACAAAGCCCGAUGAAGAUAAGUUGGUGACAUCAGUGGCGAUUCCUGCGUUUGAUUACAAGCACAACGAAGAACACAACGACGCUCUUCUGCUAGGAGUUGCCGGCACUGAUGUUCCUAUUGACAGUAUCGCAAAACUCGCACAACCUCAUCAACUCGGUGUUAAUGGAUAUUCGUUUAUAGUAAGCAACAAUGGAUAUUUAUUGCUGCAUCCGCUAUUAAUUACAACAAUAAAUAAUAAACUACAAGAAAAUUACAACAGCGUAGAUUUCGUAGAAGUAGAACAAGUAGACGAUGGUAAAGGGCCACGUGAAUUAGGCGAGCAAAUAAAGAUGCUUAGAGAAAGCUUAGUGAAUGGAGCAGAGGGAAGUAUGAAGAAAGUUAAAGUUCUGUUCCAUUACGAUAAUAUGAGGAGGAUUUCUCGGGUGCAACACGACUAUUUCUUUAACAAAUUGGUAGGCACGCCAUUUUCCAUGGGCAUAUCUUUGCCUGAUGGAUACGGAGAUACUGAACUGUUGUUAAAAGACAAUCCUUUAGAAGCAAAACAGGGCCAAGAUCUUCUUGGUAUCAAUGUCACUAGUUUCUUCGAUUUUACAUACAGAGUUCACCCUGAUUGGGUCUAUUGUAAAUACCACUACUUGGAAGGCCAUGAAUCUCAAAAUGCAGAAAUUGAAAUUUUUAAGUUCUUAGCUAAUAUAUCAAGAAACGAGCUUAAUAUUAGUAAAGCUCAAUACGGGCAGGAAACUGAAAAUCUACCCUUCAAUUUAGACACGCAUUGUGGUACAACGCCAUUGGGUAAAGAUGACUAUUAUUGUACGGAAGAUUUAGUAAAGCAGUUAGUCUUCGACGCAAAGCUUUCUACUCCUUAUUUUAGAACUUGGGAAUCGAGUGAUGAAGAACAAGCUUUAGCUGAAAAGUAUAAUGUCAGUGUUCGAUUCAUAGCCACCUCCAGUGGUCUUACACGUUGGCAUUAUAUUUUUGAUGACGAUAAAAACGAGGUGGUGGACGAAAUGGGAGUCCCACACAAAAAUUACUCUGGAAAGGUAUUUGGUGACUAUUACUACAAUGCAAUUGAAGAAACCUGGUAUAAAGCUGCAGUAUUACAACAUAUGAUUGACAAAGAGUCCUUAGUGAUUGCAACAAAACUACCUGUACUUGACGACUCCAUCAAAUCUCCACCACUUAUAGAAAACGAGGAUGGCGAUAUUGUAGUGACUGCUAGUUAUGCUAUAUUUUAUAGAGAUUAUAAAUCAGAAACACCUGCUGCUGUUGUAGGUUUUCAAUAUUUAUACUCAAAUUUUCACGAGAUAUUUUUUAGUAUGACUGGAAAAAAUACUGAUGAUAAUGGGGUAUCUUGUACUGAAGAUGGAAAAUAUAGAUGUUACGUUAUUGACAGCUCAGGAUAUAUAGUUGUGGGUAUGGACAAGUCUGAAGUUGGACAGUUUUUUGGUGUCAUAGACGAUCUUUCAGGAGUAUUACAGUCUUUGAUAGAUAAGAAUAUAUUUGACAAUGUGGAAGUCUUCAACUACCAAGCUUUAUGUCCUCCAAAUCCCAAUGAAAAGAGUAGUGCAUUUUCAAUAGAUACCCCGCUAAAUGUACUAUCAUAUUUUUUUAAAUGGUUGUUAACUGAGGCCUUGUUAGUAUUAUUCAACGUCUUUAAUUGGAAUUCUUAUACGUAUUCUGCUUCUAUUGAUUAUGAUACUGUCACUGAAGACGCAUAUAUUCAAACUACCACAAUGAUAAAUGAUGAUAACAUAACAAUUGGUUCAUCAGAAAAUAAUACUGAUAAAUCUAAGGAAACAGUAAAUGAAGAACUCUAUUCAUGUGAUCAUAGAAUUUCGUUGUAUAUACUAAACCAACAGUAUUUCUUGAAUUCAUCCAUGGGUCUUUAUCCUGUAGUAAGUGAAGAGACAGCUGGGGACUGUCACCCUGCAUAUUGGGCUACUCUCGUUACAAAAACAAAUUUACUCCUUCUAGUAGUAGAUACACAUCAUCCAAAAUUUAUGACUGAUUGCAAGAAACCACCAGAUACAAAGCCUACACACACGAGUAAUUCAACAGAAAGUAGAGAACCCUGUCAUAAGUUAGACUUAGGUCGGUUACCUAGACGUCGCCUUGAAGGAUGCUUUACUUACCAUGAUAAGGAAAGAAAUAUUACUGUAUGCGGCGUGGGAAGUAACAUCAGAGUUAAUAUUUUUAUAUUUAUUACUAUGCUUUUUUUGGCAUUCCUAGCUUCAAUGAUAUUUUCA